UUAUAGGUUUCCAAUCCUCCAAGAAAAGAACAAUCUGUAGAAUCCAAUCUCAAUUCCAACCCACCGCCUAAUCAGAGUUCUCUCCUUCUUCUUCUUGUUAUUCGCCGUCGAACUGUCACCGGAAACCUAGAACCAGGAAUCGGAAAAGAAAUGGCAACAGCUGGUGUAGAGAAGACCCGACCCGAAUCAGAGAGAGAGGAGAGCUGUUCUGCGAAGCCGAUGAAGCAAGGCGAAGGCUUGAGGCAAUACUAUAUGCAGCACAUCCACGAUCUCCAACUUCAAGUCCGUCAAAAGAGUCACAAUCUCAAUCGGCUUGAAGCCCAGCGCAAUGAGCUCAAUUCAAAAGUAAGAAUGCUGAAGGAAGAGUUACAGUUGCUUCAGGAGCCUGGGUCUUAUGUUGGUGAAGUUGUCAAAGUGAUGGGGAAAUCUAAAGUUUUAGUGAAAGUCCAUCCUGAAGGGAAAUAUGUGGUUGAUGUUGAUAAGAGCAUUGACAUAACAAAGAUUACUCCAUCUACCAGAGUUGCCCUUCGUAAUGAUAGCUAUGUUCUUCACUUAAUUUUACCAAGCAAAGUGGAUCCUUUAGUCAACCUCAUGAAAGUUGAAAAGGUUCCUGACUCUACUUAUGAUAUGAUUGGUGGCCUUGAUCAGCAAAUCAAAGAGAUUAAGGAGGUUAUUGAGCUUCCCAUUAAACAUCCUGAGUUGUUCGAGAGUCUUGGAAUUGCUCAACCAAAGGGAGUAUUGCUCUAUGGACCCCCAGGAACAGGGAAAACAUUGUUGGCAAGGGCAGUUGCACAUCAUACUGAUUGUACCUUCAUUAGGGUUUCUGGCUCUGAACUAGUGCAGAAAUAUAUUGGGGAAGGUUCUCGUAUGGUGAGAGAACUUUUUGUUAUGGCCAGGGAGCAUGCUCCAUCUAUUAUAUUUAUGGAUGAAAUAGAUAGCAUUGGAUCUGCUAGAAUGGAAUCAGGAAGUGGCAAUGGUGAUAGUGAGGUGCAGCGCACAAUGUUGGAGCUUCUUAACCAGCUGGAUGGAUUUGAGGCAUCAAACAAGAUUAAGGUAUUAAUGGCCACCAACCGUAUUGAUAUUCUGGAUCAAGCUCUCCUUAGGCCAGGCAGAAUUGACAGGAAAAUUGAAUUUCCAAAUCCCAAUGAAGAGUCUCGCUGGGAUAUCCUGAAGAUUCAUUCAAGGAAAAUGAACUUGAUGCGUGGCAUUGACUUGAAAAAGAUAGCAGAAAAGAUGAAUGGCGCUUCAGGGGCUGAGCUUAAGGCUGUUUGCACAGAAGCAGGUAUGUUUGCUUUGAGAGAAAGGAGGGUCCAUGUCACGCAGGAAGAUUUUGAGAUGGCGGUUGCGAAGGUGAUGAAGAAAGACACGGAGAAAAACAUGUCAUUGCGCAAGCUAUGGAAGUAAUUUGACAUCUCACCGAGUUUUCCUUGGUAGCUGUGUAAGCCCCAAAAUGUGUUCAUCUUGUCCUGAUAUGGAAUUUCAUAGCCAUUUGAACAUCUCUCUUCAAACUUCAUGAGAUCAGUUUACUUUAGAUCCCUUUCUGUUUUUGUAUCUGACUGGUGUUCUUUCAUAAUGUAAGAUUUGUGAUUCGCUCAA